CCGCACCUAGGUACUCCGUAGAGUAAUCCGUACCUAUGUAAAUCCGUAAUUCCGCACAAAACAUGCGGAGUCCCCUACGGUGCUCCGUACUCCGGAAACUCUUGAAUUACCAGGAGUCCGUACGUCACCAGCAGCUUCGGGCUGGGCCUGAUGCAGUGUCUUAGACAUGGUCCCGAGAAGUCUGGGUUGAUGUGAUUUCACUCUCGAAUACUCGGGCACUAAGUCUCCUCGACGUCCUCCCUGGAUCUUAAUCUUCUCUUCUGCUCGCCGUCACAAUUGGCGUGUGUGAUUGGAGGAGGGUGAACUCGACUCGAUAUCUAAACAUUCAUUCGGUUGCCGAGCUUGGAAACGCAAAAUCUCGGCGCACGUUCCUUGCCUCUGCGGCGUGGGCUCAAGCUGCGGUCAAGGGUCCGUUUCGAGUCAUCCGUGUGCAUCGUGGAAUAUUCGUCCGACCCGGGCCUGAGAAUUCACACCUACUUGAUACAUAUCCAAAGAUCCGGGCGCAUUUCAGAGGGAUACAGUUCCAGGGCCCACACCCGACGUUGCAGCCGGUUCCGUUGCCGGUUCGGUGACGGUUAUACAGCCCCCCGGGCUCGGUCGUAUUUUCAUUCGCCGACUUAGAUACAUAGUCAUCGCGAAAUGCCUCCCAGCCCUCGAAGCCAGCCGAUUCCAACCAAGGACGGCUCCUCCUCGACAGCGGCGGCGACUGCCCCCAAUGGCGUCGCAUCGGCUUUUUCCUCGUCCUUCCGCUCGGCGUCGCCGCUUGCGCAGGAGAUGCUCGCCCGUGACCUGGCCGAGUGCUCCGACGAGGACGAGGAUAUUCCCGUCGACUCCGAGGCCCUCCAGGAGGAAGAAGGCGAACAGGAGUCGGACGACAUGCCCGGGCCAACGCUCUACCGCCGGCCAAGCGGCAUCGCCUUUGGCACCACGCGCCCCGCCCUCGGACCGGGCGCCCUGGACGAGCCGCCGGUGCUCACGAGGAUGGAGCGCACUCGCAGCCGCGACGCAGAGCGCUCCCUCCUCCGUGACAACCAUAUCCUCCCGCCCAAGCACCAGCACCACGGCCCCAAGCGGGGGGGGUUGGCCGGCCGGCUCUCGGCCCUGUACCGGUGGCUGUUCAGCACAAAGGUGCGCCGCCCGGGCGGCGACGAGGAGUCUCCCGCCCCGCGGAUCGCGGUCUCGCCGCCCGACGAGACCUCGCCCCUCAUCCCCCAUUCCGUCCGCAGCCACCGGUCCUCGUCGGGCGAGCAUGGCCGACCACCCUAUGGGGCCGGAGGACGCGAGAGCCUCAACGAGCAGUGGGAGGCCGCGGUCGCGGCGGGCCAGAUCCGGACGACGUGGCAACGCGAGGCCAAGACGAUCGCCGUCUACUCGCGCUCGCUGAUCGUCACCUUCUUGCUGCAGUACUCGCUCAACGUGGCCUCCAUCUUCGCCGUCGGCCGCCUGGGCACCCUCGAGCUGGGCGCCGCGUCGCUGGCCACCAUGACGGCCAACAUCACGUGCUACGCGCCGGUUCAGGGCCUGGCAACCAGCUUGGACACGCUGUGCGCUCAGGCCUUCGGCUCCGGCCACAAGCAUCUCGUCGGCCUGCAGCUACAGCGCAUGACCUACUUCCUCUUCCUGCUUCUCAUCCCCGUCGCCGUCAUCUGGAUGUUUGCCGAACCCAUCCUGGCGUCCAUGAUCGAGCCCGAGAGCGCCGCCCUGGCCGCCAAAUACCUGCGCGUCGUCGUGCUGGGCACCCCGGCCUACGCCGCCUUCGAGGGCGGCAAGAGGUUCGUCCAGGCCCAGGGCUUGUUCCACGCGACAACCUACGUGCUGCUGGUGGCUGCGCCCGUCAAUGCCCUGCUCAACUGGCUCUUCGUCUGGCAGCUGGGCCUGGGCUUCAUCGGCGCCCCGAUGGCGGUCGCCAUCACGCAGAACCUGAUGCCCCUGCUCCUCGCCCUGUACGUCUGGAAGGUGGACGGCGCCCAGGCCUGGGGCGGGUUUCGGCGGAGCGCCUUGAGGAACUGGGGCCCCAUGAUCAGGCUGGCCCUGCCCGGCAUGGUCAUGGUCGUGGCCGAGUGGUUCGCCUUCGAGAUCCUGACGCUGGCCUCCGGUCGGAUGGGCGUGGAAUUCCUCGCCGCCCAGAGCGUGCUGGUGACGGUCACGAGCACGACGUUCCAGAUCCCGUUCCCGCUGUCCAUCGCCGGCUCGACCCGGGUUGCUAACCUCAUCGGUGCCAAGCUCGUUGAUGCGGCAAAGACAUCCGCCAAAGUCACCAUCGCCGGCGGAGUGCUGGUGGGAUUGUUCAACCUAACGCUCCUAUCCGUGUUCCGAUACCAGAUACCGUUACUGUUCACGCAGGACGGAGAAGUCAUUGACCUGGCCGCCCGAACGCUCCCUGUUUGCGCGGUAAUGCAGCUGUUUGACAGCAUGGGUGCCGUCUCACACGGACUGCUCAGAGGUAUCGGCCGUCAAGAGUUUGGAGGCUAUGCCAACCUCGUCUGCUAUUACCUGGUGGCGUUGCCCCUCUCCUUCGGUUUGGGCUUCGGCCUCGAUUGGAAACUCAGCGGGCUCUGGUUCGGUGUCACUAUCGGACUGCUGACUGUCUCGCUGGCCGAAUACUUGUUCACGUUCAGCUUCGACUGGCACCAAGCUGUUAGAGAAGCCGAGCAUAGGAAUGCUUCUGGGUAGCCGUGCGUUGGAUACGAUCAGUGUCUCAUACGCCUUCCCAGGUUGCUCGACCCAGGGGUGGCGGUGCGUAGACGACACCGGUUGCCUUUCGCUGCGUUAAUUCUAUGCAGCUCC